AUGACUUCGACGACGAACCCCCAGCCGAGCUGCACCGCCCGGGGUAACGAAGUUAUCAUCACCUUCCCCCCUCCUGAAACCUUCCCAUGCCCCUUCUGCAAUGAAGGGGCACCUCCAUCCCGAAUGAAGGUGGCCGUGUAUCAGCGGCACGAGGACUUAGGCAAACACCUGCGCCUCCACCACCAUGGCGCCAGCAGAAGGUGGGUCUGCGGGGUCUGCUUCUUCACCGACGACAGCGCUUAUGCGCUGAAGAAGGUGAGGAAGCACCACGCAGACUCCCAUGCAAAUAAUGCGAUGCCUCGUGCCGCUGGGGCGCGGACAUCUGCCCCCGCGGGAAGGGUUAGCGGCGGUGCACCAUCGGCUGGGGGAGAUUCAGCCGAGGAGCGACCCACCGACGCGGCGAUAGCCGAAAUGACGCAGAGGCCCUCUCCGUCCCCGAUGGAAGCGGCAGGGACCACCACGGGUGGAGGCGCGCUAACGCGCGCCGCUAAAACUACCCAAACCAACUCCCGGACCACCGUGGCUGGCAAAACUAAGACGGCGCCGAAAAAGAAGCCUACGAUCACUGCUUCGGUGACGGGGAGAAAUCUUCUGACGGGCUGGGCCAUAAAGAAAACUGCGACAGCGACGACGAUAACGACCACGAGAAGGAGCGGGACGCCGUCCAGCCCCGCUGAUGGACGACCUCCACCCGCGGGGAGUCCCGCCACCCCGCCGACCAUUGACCUUACUACACCACCAGCGGGGACCGGCGCCGCUAAAAGGACCAGCGGCGGGCCAGCGUCAAUGAGGAGGCCAAGUGGGGGAGUAACUUCCACCCUAACCCCCCCACUAAAAGAGAAAGAGAAGAGCCCGGGUAUGAAUAGAAGGAGCACCCGGGCCACAACGGAGCCUCCUCAACCUGGCCCGCCCCAACGAAUCAUCACCGCUACAAGGAAGGUGACCCCCGCCGUCACGUAUGCUGAAGUGACCAGGGGUACGUCGACCGCCACUACAACGAUGACCACAAGGAGGAUGGCACGGGCAACCUCCCUCCCGCCCGUGCCGAAGCAAGGGGAAGUCGGGGGUGCAUCCACCACCCAAGCGCCCCCCACUAGGACAGUGGCGACGACGUGCACCUUUGCGACGGCGGGGACCCUGACCCUGACGACGACCUCGGUUUACAGCAAACCGGUGGCCGUCGUCACCGUCGCUACAAGGAGGAGUGGGGGGGGAUCCUCACCGAGGGGGCUCAAGAAAAGGAUUCAGCAAGACACGGUGCUCCUGGAGUCCGCGCCGACGACCAGGGCGCGGGCUGCCAGGGCGACCACGGAGCCCCCUCGGACCCCCCCCAGGACAAGACAACAAGCGAAGCUGAGGAGGAGCCCACCACCUUCGACGGGCUCCGCGACGGUGAACGACGUGGCCACCUCAAGGACACCGGAGGAGCGCCCUGAAAUAAGGAGGAGCACCCGGGCGAAAACUCUAUCGCCCGGGUCGACGAAAGAGAAGAGGAGGGGGGACGGACCUACCACCCUACCGUCCCCCACUACAGGGCGCUUCGGGGGGAGGUUGAUCCUCCCAGCUAUUGCCGAGGCGUCGCCAGCGGUCACUGCGGCGCCGGAAACGGAAACGGAAAAGGAAAUGGAAAAGGAAAAGGUGAAGGAAAGAAGAUUAGGAGAUGAAGAGGAUGUGAGGGACUGGCGGGACGUCACGCCGCGGAACACGAGGAGAAGGGCUGGGCGGCAGGAAGAGGAGAGAGUCUUGACGACCCCGUCACCGAAGACGCCGGCGCGGCAGCCACGGCAACAACUUGAACGGGAAGAGGAAGUGGUCCGGGAGCCACCCGUGGUAAGGACCCCUACGGGGGUGGAGCAGGGGCCUCGUAGCAGGCCACUGACUAUCGAUAGGGCUACUAGUCCUAUCGAUUUUAAUAAUAACUCUAGUCAAUGUAAUUGUGAUCGUCCUAGAAUAAAUAAUGUCGCCAGCAGUGUGACUAAUUGCCCCGGGUCAAACCGGGGCUCUGUUUUCAGCAUGAAUGGGCAGAGCAGGAGGGGCCGAGGGGGCACCAGUAACAUGAGAACCCGCGAACCGAAUACAAGAGGAGUACCCCCCAGAGGUCGGGCCCCACAGACGCCCGCGACGCACCGGUGA